AUGGAAUUACGCGAUAGAAACAUGGAAAUUUAUCUUUUGCGACAAGAAAAUGAAAAACUUAAAAAAAGGGAUUCAUCUUUCAGUAUUGAAAACUUUAAAGAAAACAAUGCUCAUUUAAAUUUUUUUACAGGGCUACCAAAUAUAGCAACAUUUCUAUGGAUUCUUUCUUUAUUGACAAGGACAGAUGAUGUAAAACUUUGUUUAUCUCGUUUAUCAAAAGAAAACCAUUUGUUAAUAAUACUUAUGAAGUUGCGACUUGGGCUCCUAAAUAAAGAUAUUGCUUUUCGUUUUAGUGUCUGUCAAAGUGUAAUAUCCAGAGUUUUGAGAAAUUGGCUGCCAAACCUAGCAACUUGCUUACAACCGUUAAUAAAAUGGCCUAAUAAAUGUGUAAUAAGAAGUAACCUGCCAGAGUGUUUUAAAAAGAAAUUUAGAGACUGUGUGUGUAUAAUUGACUGCUAUGAGAUUUUUAUUGAGAGACCAUCAAAUCUAACAACUCGAGCUCAAUCAUGGUCAAAUUACAAACACAACAAUACAAUUAAAUAUUUAAUAGGAAUCAGUCCAACAGGUGCAAUUACUUUCUUGUCUGGUGGUUGGGGAGGCAGAGUUUCAGACAAAGAGCUAACAAAUCAAUUGAGCUUUCUCAAAUAUAUAAAUUUUGGAGAUUGCAUUUUAGCAGAUAGGGGAUUCCUAAUUAAAGAUAAGCUUGCAGAGAAAGGAGCAAACCUUUACAUUCCAGCAUUUUUAAAAGGAAAAUAA